AUUAACAACUCCCAGUCUCCUCCAUAGGGAAUCCUGGUCUGCCUCUUCUGAUGAUAUUCUCGGCUCAUUACACUCUUUACUUAUCUUAUUAAUACCCUGGACUCUUUCUAAGAGAAAGAAAACGAGAACGGACGUGCAAUACCCUAUUGCCAAGCUUCUCAUAUCCAGAUCCCCUGUGACGUAAAGAUGGCCGGCGCCAAGGAACAGUCGUAUCUCGGAGUCUUGCACCAAUAUGCUCCUGGGCUUGUUGCGUAUGAAUUCAAGUCGGCUGCAGAUGUCACUAAACCCAACAGCAUCAUCUUUGUCGGAGGAUUGACAGAUGGGCUUCUCACGGUUCCCUACGUGGCCGAACUUGCCAAAGCUCUGGAGCCAACUGACUGGUCUGUGUUCAAUAUCCUGCUAUCCUCUUCGUAUGGCGGGUUCGGGGUGGGGAGCUUAGACAGGGACGUCGUGGAGAUUGCACAGUGUGUGAAUUUCGUGCGCAACUACAAGUCCUCCAAGCUCUCUCAGCCAGGGAAGGUUGUUGUCAUGGGGCAUUCCACCGGUAGCCAGGAUGUUUUGCAUUAUCUGCAUUCCCCGAAUCCUCUGCCACCGAAUGAGCUCUUUGAACCGGAUCUCGAGCACAUCGUCCGUCCAGCCCUCGAUGGAGCCAUUCUCCAGGCACCUGUAUCCGAUAGAGAACACCUCCUCAAUACACUGGCGACCGGGACGGCGCAGUAUACUCCAAGCCAGCUCGUCAUGUGCCACGACCAGCUUGUCGAGUUCGCUAGAAGACAGCCGUACACCCACCAUGACAACGUCGAAGCCAUCUUGCCGCUGUCCAUGACGGCGAAAUUGGGAUUCCCUUCCAAUGUUCCAAUCUGUGGUCGGAGAUUCCUUAGUUUGGCCAGUCCAGAUAGCCCGGCAAAGCCCUCGGAUGAUGACCUUUUCAGUUCAGAUCUAACUGACAAGCGUCUGCAUGAAACUUUCGGCGCAAUCGCGUCAAGGAAGUUGUUGCGUACUCAGCUUAUGGUCCUGUAUUCUGGUAAUGAUGAGUAUGCUCCGCAGUGGGUUGACAAGGAUAAACUGCUGCAGAGAUGGAGAGAUGCGACAAAUGCCGUGGAGGAGAAGUGGUAUGAACCUGGCAGCGGAGUUGUUCCUGGAGCUAGCCAUAAUGUAAAAGGCGUUGGCGAAGCGCCCCAGCGCGACCUGAUUUACAGGGUUACCCGCUACUUGAGCAGCAUCUAAUUGGCCUUGCGACUCGUCGGUUUUGUUGAACAGGGAGUUUUGCCUUCUUUGAAUGACACGAUAAUAUGACAGUUCUCGGACCUGCUGCAGUUCAAUAUUGUACAGAAGAAUAAAUAAAAGAUCCCAAUUCGCCC